ACUAAUUAUGUUUCUUGGUGAAAACUAUAAAUAUUGUGUUGCUGAAUUGAAUUGAAUUACCCACAACACAAGAGUCAAAUGUUUGUGCUCACAACAAAAUCACAUACUUUAACCAAAAUGAUGCUAAUGUCAUGCAAAUUUUCUUCUUCACUCUCACCCUCUCACACUUUUCCCUCCUUUUCUGUUUCAGCCACUUCUGGCACGUGCAAACUCACGUGGGAUCAUGUUUUACACAUUUCUGAAUCUAAACAUGUCACACAACAAGACCCUUCUUCUUAUCUUCAAGGUUACUUCCACAAAGUUCAACUUUGUAACCGUGGUUCUGACAAACAAUCUGAAUUCCUUCCAUUUGUCAUUGAGGGUCACGUUGUUGGAUUCAUUCACAAUAGGUUUGUUGAACAUUUGAGACGUUUUAACAAUGUGUUCGUUUUUACAAAUGAUGGAGGUCCCGUUGGUGACUGUGUUUCAUUGCAUCCAUUACUGAAGACAGCCGAGGAAAGAACGAGCGCGGUUGCUUAUGUAAUAGAGCAUUUGGGAGAGAAGUAUAUUCCACAUAUACGGAAUGAGCUAUACCCUGUGAAAUCAUCUUUUGACAAACCCACAUUCUUUUCACUGGAACGUGCUGCUGCUCCUUAUUUUGGCAUUAAGGCUUAUGCGAUACACAUGAGCGGCUAUGUUGAGCUAGAUGGGGAGAAGCACUUAUGGAUAGCGAAGAGAAGUCACUCGAAAUCCACAUAUCCUGGAUUGCUUGAUCAUCUAGUUGCAGGAGGACUGGUUUCCGAUGGAAUUGAUUGUCGGGAAAAUGUUGUAAAGGAAUGUGAAGAGGAAGCAGGAAUUCCCAGGUCCAUCUCUAUUAAAGCUAAACCUGUUGGUGCUAUCUCAUAUAUGGACAUCGACGGAUAUAGAUACCAGCGAUAUGUUGUAUUCAGCUAUGAUUUGAUACUUCCUGAAAGUUUUGAACCAAAAAAUGAAGAUGGAGAAGUUGAUAGCUUCAAGUUAAUCCCUGUCAAGCAAGUCGCAGAAGUCAUACGCAAGACACAAUUUUUCAAACCAAAUUGCGCUAUCGGGAUCAUUGACUUCCUGUUUCGACACGGAUACAUAAGUCCUGAAAAUCAUGGAUAUUUGGAUCUCCUGAGAAGCUUAAUAAAAGGAGAUUGCUCCUAAUACAUAAACUGCGCGAAAAUGAAACUGCAGCAAAUCCGAAUCCAUAACUAUUCACUGAACCAAGCAUUUGAGUAUCUUGGUUAUUGUUAUUCUUUCUCUAUAUGUAUAUAUGCAUGCAGUUGGAUUGUAUUUAUUCUUUUCAUUAUCUUUAACUAUUGGAAAGGUA